UAACACAGUGUGGCAGGGUUGGUUUCAACUUCCAAGGCUUCCCAGAUUGUGGCGCUGCAGAGGCAGCCAACAGGCGGCUGCGACCCUGCGAGGGAGCAAAAGGGACGGCCACCUUGCUAUUAUUUUUGACUUUGGCCAUCCGAGUUGUUUGAUCUAAACGUCAACAUUGGUUUUGUAAUGACAUAUUCAACAUGGGAAAACGGUGCACUCCCAGUGAUAAAAUCUCGCCGGUGAAGAGACCGAGAUUGACUAAGAGAACGACGAGGCCGCUUGAACAGGACGCUAUUGAGGUUAUUGAGAUUCCGUCAUCGAGUCCGUCUCCGACUUUGACAGCAUCAUAUCAUGUCGAAACCUCGCGGAAUUACAGCUUGAGCUGCGUUGGGAGAGAUGGACAGAGUCUCAACGCUCCAAGUACGAUUCCUACCUUUGCUGAGAAUUCUGCGGGCCUGCCGUAUGAAGUUUGCUUUGGAUUGCUCCUGAUGGAGGCAACUUGUACGCACAAGCGCUGGGAACCUGCCCCAGAAUCUGCUCCGGUGCAGAUCAGCUGUCUCAACAACAUUUUGAAACUCCUGUACGAAGAUACUGGGGAACCAGCCGGCAUGUUGGUCUCCGAACCCCUGGCACGACUUAUGAAGGAGCACUCGGUGACGCUAGCUGCGUCCAUCGGUACGGAAAACGGGCGGCGAUCCAACCUACUGGGGACAUCACGAUUUGAAUUUGACUCCGUCCGGGUGCGCCCACUCAGAAUCAUCGUCUAUGGUUUCCUGUCGGAAAAGGACGCCGUUGCAAACCUUCUUGGUGAGGGUGGUUUGUUUCUUCAAUACCCAGAGGAGUCUGAGUAUGACAGAAGGGUCAAGUAUCUCAACCCCAUGUAUCUUCUUCCCCCGGGAAAAGAUAUGCCGAGGAUUCGAAGCCCUUCGACCACCGGAGGUCCGAGAAAUAGAGAUGAUUCUGUUGAUCAAGAAGAGGAAGAGCUCUGGGAAGUGGAAAGAAGCCGGAUGCUAAGGAUAUUCGACGAGGCAAGCGGCCCAACUGAGAGCUCGAUGUUGGGGUUGAAGCAGAGCACCAGGAUUAUUUCGACACUCGAAGAUCACCAACUCGAGGCUGUCGCCAUGAUGAUUGAAAGAGAGCACGGCAUACUGGACGGCAAAGCGCGGUUCCCGUCGCUGUGGGAAUCAUCGGUUGAGAAUGGAGAAACCGUAUAUCGACACAUAGUUACAAAGGCGCUUCAAAGCACGCCCCUGCCAAAGCUGCGAGGAGGCAUCUUAGCCGACGAAAUGGGCUUGGGGAAAACGCUGUCUACCCUAGCGCUUGUCUGCCAUCAUCUAGACACCCUGGCCGACCUUCCCCCACCUCAACCGGCCCACUUGUCCAAAGCAACACUGAUAGUGACACCAAAGUCAACGAUCUAUGGAUGGCAGCAACAGAUUCAAAGACACAUCCGACCUGACGGACUUCGCUCAUUCGUCUACCACGGCUCGAAGCGAAAGGACGCGGCCAACGAACUGCACAACUUUGACGCCGUUCUCACAACAUAUGACACCCUUCGUUCAGACUGGGCUACGUCUGGCCCGCUAUACACUCGGACUUGGGCCAGGAUUAUACUAGAUGAAGCCCACAAAAUCCGCAACCCCACCUCCCAAACCUUCCUCGCCACCUGCGAAGCCCCCGCGCGCAACCGGUGGUGCCUUACAGGAACACCAAUCCAAAACCGGCUCAGCGACUUUGGCUCCUUACUCGCCUUCAUCGGCGUCCCGCCGUUCGUGACGCAGGCCCAGUUCCGGUUCUGGAUCUCCGCGCCCGUCCUCGCCCACCGCCAGCACAGCCUGCUGAUGCUACGCAAGCUCGUGCGCGCGACUUGUCUGCGCCGGACGAAGGCGCAUCCGCACCUGGCGUCGAAGUUGAGGCUGCCCGUGAAGAGGGAGCGGGUUGAGGGGGUCGAGUUGGGGAAAGGGGAGAGGGAGGUGUAUGAAUUUUUUAAGCGACGGUUUUAUCUGCUUGCUAGUGAUGCCGGCGAUGAGCAGCACUCGGCGGCGGGCUCCAAGGGUGGUGGUUCUAUAGAGGUGGUUGCAAAACGGUUGGGAAAGAAGAAGAAGAACAUCUCCGGGAAAAUACGGCGCAAGAGCGCGGGAAACAUCAUCAUUCUGCUCUCGGUCCUGCGCCGAAUCUGCGAUCACGGCGAGGCGCUGCUCCCGCAAGCUGCGCUCGAGGUAUGGCGGAACCGUGACGCGGGCAUUUUGAGCUGGGAUGUGCUCGAGAAAGCGGCCUUGGCGGGCCGGAGCUGUUGUGUCUGUGGCCAGAGAGUUGAAAAUGGCGAGGACGGGGUGAAGCGGGAGGUUGACGUGGCGGUUGAGUUUCUGUGCGGGAAGCACAUCGCGUGCGAAACAUGCACAACACCGGCUACAAGUGAUACGGCACUGACAUGUCCGAAGUGCCCGGCUACAGAAGACGUUUCGUCUGUAUCGAUAAUGCCGUGUGGUGUUGACUCGGCUUAUAGCCCAUCGUCCAAGGUUUCGGCCCUGCUGCGCAACGUCCUUGCCACGCUCAGGGGCCCGAAUUUAGACAGUGGUGAUGUUGCCCCUGUCAAGAGCGUCAUCUUCUCCCAAUGGACCGGCAUGCUCGACUUGAUAUCUCAAGGCUUGGAUCCGCAACUCUUGUCCCUUGGUCUCUCCUCGGCACGUAUCGAUGGCCAGUCCUCACUCCAGCAUCGUCGAAACGCUCUAGAGCGGUUCAAUUCCUACAAGGGCUGCGUGGUAAUGCUAGCCACUACCGGGGCAGUUGGUGAGGGGAUCGAUCUGAGCGUCGCAUCCGAGGUACACAUCGUCGAACCCCACUGGAACCCCAUGGCCGAGGCUCAGGCAGUGGACCGCGUGCAUCGGAUCGGUCAGGUUAGAGACGUGAAUAUCACAAGAUAUUGUGUGAAUGGGAGCAUCGAAGAAUACAUCCAAUGGAUCCAGGCCAAGAAAGUAAGGAUGAUUAGCGAAUCCCUCUCAUCAGCUGAGACACAGAGCGACGGAAAGGAGGCGGAAGAAAGUCUUGUCAAGGAGCGCUGGGAGAAACUCCUUGAAUUUCUCAUGUAGUGGGCGGUUUUCCGCAUAUCAAAAUAGUCAUAUGG